AUGGAGAUUUCUAUUAUUUUAAAUAGUGGGAAACCGAGAGUAACCUAUAAGAUGAAGAAGCUAUACUUAAAACUUGGUGAUGAAUUAAGAAAUAUUGGCGAAGCCCCAAAUGACUAUAAUAACGUUAUAGAAAAAUCAAAAAGCCUUUUUGGAGUAGAAGAGCCAGCCUUUAAGUACAAAGAUGAAAAUGGACUUAUUGUAACUAUCUGUGAUAAAUCAGAAUAUGAUGAAUUCCUAAAUCAAAGCAUCAAACCCUUCAUUCUGGACGUUUAUGAAUUCGGCUUGAUACUCUCAGAAAGAAAAUACCACAAAAUUAAGAAUGCACAUCAAAAAAGGUGCAAAAUUAAAGCAAAAGAACCAAAACCAAAAAAAGAAGGGGCUCAUCAGGAAAACAAAAGGUAGAUUUUUCCUGCUCCCUUUUACCGUCAAAAAUUACGGAGUUUUUUUUUUUUCAGGAAAAAACCUCCUGUGUUUUUUUCCUUUAUUUUUACAGGAUAAAAAAACACUUUUUUGAAAGAAUUUAUCGGGAUCUAAUUAUUUUAGCUGGAGAAUUAACCUUAAAGAUCUAUAUAUAAAGACUAGCUAUAAUCUUACUUCUAAACCCUAAAGAUGCAAGCAAAAUAAAGAAAGAAAUUGCAUUCAUUAUGAGUUAGAGAUCUAUCAGUUAUUCAAUCCAAGUAUAUUUAUUAGAGAAGUCUAAAUCUUGAAUUAUUAAUCUCUUACUCCAUGACAUACAUUAAUUUUAUUGUAAAUUUUUUUUUUCAAAAAAUUUAAAAUAAUCCUAUUCGCAAAAAUUGGAAGGCAAUAUUUAUUUAAUUUGCUAAAUUUAUGUUUUAAUUUAAAAUUAAACAAAAUUAGCUAGAGAUUUUAUAAUACUUAUUAUAAUUUAUAUAUCAAAUUUUUUUUUUUAUAAAAAAUUUUUGUUCGCUCAAAAAAUAGGGAUUUUUCCAUAGGUUUUUUCUAUCACAGAGGGGAGAAUUUAGAUAUUACUAAUUAUAGCUGAUAUAUGAUGUUUCCAAUUUUAUCAGGAUUUUUCACGAUUUUUGGAUAAAAUAUUUGAUUUUCAAAAAAGUGUAUUGGUGAAGAUACAAUCAAUUUCUUUCUUCAUUUGGCUUGCAUCUUUAGGAUUUAGAAUUAAGAUUGUAGCAAGUCUUUAUAUAUUAGAUCUUUAAGGCUAAAUCUCCAGUUAAUAAUUAGAUCCCGAUAAAAAUACUUUUCAAAAAUGUUUUUUCCUGUAAAAAUUGAGGAAUAGGCUUUUUAUGUUACACUUUUUUGAAAAUCAUAGGUUUUUGUCCUAAAAAAAAAAAAGCCUUACGUUUUUUUUGACGGUAAAAAGGAAGUAGGAAAAAGCAUAUAGAAUUUCCCAUAGAUGGCGCUGUUUGCCCACUGGGAAAAUUUUUUGGUUCGACCAGUACCAUAUGGUUUGGUCAAACCAAAAGAUUUUCCUAGUGAGCAAAUCAAGGGCAAACAGCUCCAUCUAUGGGAAAAAUUCUAUACUUGGGGUUAAUCCUGAUGGCCUAAAAAAGAAGGAGACUUAUCAAAUCAUCCACUAUCAAUGAGAAUUUAUGUGAAAAUAAUAUAAAAAUCGAAGAAAAACAAGUGAGUGAGGCUGAGACUGAUUCCCGCGAAAAUGAGGAAGAAAUUUCUCAGCAAGAGAUUAGUGCGAUUGCUUGUGAAAUUUGUGGGAAAAGGGAUCAGGAAGAAAACAUGCUUCUUUGUGACAAAUGCAAUUCUGGAUGCCAUACAAGCUGUGGCUAUUUGGCUAAAAUUCCUGAAGGAGAUUGGUUUUGUGUGAAUUGCAGAAGAUCACUUCCUGAUAAGAAAUAUAAAAAACUAUUAGAAGAACUCAAGCAAUGCUCAGUGUUUCGAAAUCCUCUUAAUUAA